GGCUCUUAGCCGUGCAGCCUCAAGGCUCCGGCCACGCGCAGCCAUGGCUCCCGGCGCAGAGGUGCUGCUGCCCGAGCAACGAGUCCAGCUCCCUCGCUCGAUUGGACACUGGGCGCUUCUGCCGCUGGUGCUACUUCCCCCAGCGGCCGUGCUGGGGUUUUUCGCCUGGGGCAGCUGUGGCUCCAACUCUUCACUGAGGGAGGGCCAGACGCUCCACGUGAUCUCUGACCAGCAGCUGUUGAAGAAGAUACAGGCCGGCAGUGGCUGCGACCCCUGUGCCGCUGCAGGCCAAGCAGUUACCGUUGUGCGCGUCCCUGAAAGCUGGGAGUACGUCUUGGUAAGGCUGCCCAGCGGUGAAGAGCUGUCUCUGGCUCCGGAGGCGCUGGGCCUGUGGUGUGGCCCCGGCUGGCAGGUGGGGGGACUGGUGACUGCGGUCAUGAGCUGCGCCUCCUUCUUGAUCUGCGGGCCCAUUGCGGCGCUCCUGGUUGCUGGAAAUCAGAGCCUGCGACGAGAGCUCCAGGCGAGCCUCGAGGCGGGCCACACGGAGGUGUACCACCUGGUUCUCUCGGGCCGGGCGGCGGAGCAGUUCAGCCGCAUGGUCUAUGGCCCAGGAGGCACCCGCAGAGAGAAGAUCCUGGCGCUCUUCCCCUGGCUGGAUUUCGGUAGCCCCCUCGUGAUCUACAUCUGCAUCGCCGCCAUCCCGGGGUGCCGGCUGCAGCUCUGCAUCACCGCGGCCGCGAUGGUUGCGCUGGUCCUCCUGGCGCGGAUCGGGCUGUGGCUCCACUGCACGCUGCGGUACCUGCGCCGGGCGUCGCCGGAGCAGACGGCGGAGAUCAGCAUCUGCGGGUUCCCGCAGAGCCAGCGGCCCAAGGUGUGCAUCAUCUACGACCAGCAGAUGCUGGUGUGCUUCAACGUGGGGAAUCUGCCGGCAGUGCUGCCGGCCAACAUGAUCUCCAUGCCUGCAUUAAGUUUCCUCGCCCGGAUGCAGCUCGUCGCGUGUCAUGAAGUUCGCGGCGACGACACCUCACCCAUCAUCGGCUGGAAUUUGAAGGUUGGCUAUUGCGUAUGGUCGGAGAACAAGUGGGUGGCACGUUGGAAGGCGUUUCCAGUGGAUCCAGCGCGGCUGCACGAGCUGCAGCGGUGGCUGACGCAGCACCGGCAGCUCUUCCGCUUCCAGGGAGUGGCGCUUCGCUCGGAGGAGGUCAUCGACCAGCGCCAGGUGCGGCUCCCCCUGCAGGCGGAGGAAAUCGAGGAUGGUCUGCCAGAAGCACUGACGCAGACGCGCGUUUUUACGUUGGGGCGCUGCCUCUGGGGGCCAACAGGCGGGGCCGCGGGGCGCGGGGCGCGUCGCCGGACGUGACGGACAGCUUCCAAUGAAAGGCUUUCCGCAUGAGGCCAGGGAGCCGGCAAAACAUGGCCAAGAGCCACGCAAUGACUUGGGGCUCUCGAAAGCCCUGAUCCAAAGCAGCCUCAGAAUCAGUGGGCUCUGGCUAAAACUACCCGUGAAGAGGGCGGGCCCCGCGCAGAGUCCGAAAUUGAUGGCGAGCGUUGGUCUGAACAGGCGGAGUGUCUUGCAGCCAUUUGUUCAUUCGGCACGCGUAUGCCGGUGAGAGAAAAGAACAGUUUUCCACCGUGUUGGAUGAGGACCCCCCCUUGUAAAACAGACGGUUUUGGAUCGCCAUUUGCAAACUGGAUUGCGGUGUUCGUUUUUUCCUUCCCCUUCAAACCCCCCUCUCCAAAAAAAAGGGGAAGAAAUCAGAGAGCCACUGCAGCUCCCUCAACGCUGCGCCUGGUGCUGCUGUCCUUGGCCGGGGAGGAGCACAGCCUGGAGGCGCACGCCGUGGAUCCGGUGGCGGACCUCUGCUUCCGCGCGGCCACGCGCCUGGAGAAGCAGGGCCGUCAGGUGAAGAUCGUUCUGCCCGAUGGCCGGACGUUGGACAGUCUUGACCCCAAGAUGCCGUUGCAAGAGGCACUCAAGGAGUUUCUGAGUGCAGAGUCCGUUUGAAGGCAGCGUGCACCUCUCGCCAGAUGCAGCACGUCCCAGAACUGGAGCGGCAAAGCCGUGUUCAGGAAGCGAAGGCUUCAAGUUUCAUGUUGCCGGGGGGGGGGGGGGGCGCAAAUUAAUGUCGCACACAGCUUGCGGCCUGCUGUUGGGCAGGCAAAGCCAAGCAUGUGUUUGGUGGCACUGCUUAGCGCUGCGCUGGCUGCACGGCUCGGAA